AUGUUUGAAAAACGGAGCUUUCUUUCAACUUUACAACAAUUAAAUCUCAACAAGAAAAGCUUACCUCUGGGGUCGGAAGCCGAAGCGGUAGCGGAAGCUGGAAGCUUAAAGAAGCUCAACUUUUUGAGAAGCCGAAGCGGAAGCUUGGAAGCUUUUUCAGAAUUUUGGGAAGCCGAAGCGGAAGCUUGGAAGCUUUUUCAAAAUUUUGAGAAGCCGAAGCGGAAGCUUAGAAGCUUUUUGCGAAAAAUCGUUAAGCUUCCGACCCCUGGUUGA